CAUUCUCGUUGGUAAUAUCAGGUGCGCACGUGCACCUGUGUUCACAGCCCACAGGCGAUAAUAGCGCGUUAUUAUUUACCUUCUCACUUCUCUCUCGCUAGUAAAGGUUAUAUUACUUUUACAUAAGCUGUAUUUGUCAAAACGUGUGGCGAUUCAAACAGUUUAUGUGUGUGUGUGUGUGAUAUGUGUGAACAUAAAGUAUAUUAUAUUAUAUAUUUUACGAUAAAAAGAAAGAAUGCACAAUUUUAUUAUUAAUCUAUGACAUGACAUUUUUUAUUUAAUUCAAAGAUGAACGUAGCUCGAUUAAAACACUCUCUAAGAGCACAUCUGUACAAGUGUAUUUUUAAAGGUUAUUGUAAUCAAAAAUUGAAUGAUUUUCCAAAAACGUUUCCAUCAAAAGAUGUACUAAAGUGGUAUCAGUUAUGGGAGAAGAACAAUUUUUUCAAUUUACAAAGUAAAGAUCCAUUUAAAAUGAUAUUACCACCUCCUAAUGUAACAGGUACAUUGCACAUAGGACAUGCAUUGACUGCAACCAUACAGGAUGUUUUAGCGAGAUGGUACAGAAUGAAGGGCCAUCCUGUAAUAUGGAUACCUGGAUUAGAUCAUGCAGGAAUUGCAACGCAAGCUGUAGUAGAAAAAUAUCUUUACAAAACUAAAGGUUGUACAAAAAUGGAUAUUGGAAAAGAAGAAUUUCUUUCUCUCAUUUGGGAAUGGAAAAAUGAAAAGGAAAGCGUAAUAAAAGAUCAGCUAAGAUUAUUAGGAACUAGUGUUGAUUGGUCCAAAGAAUAUUUUACGAUGAGUAAGAAUCAUAAUUUUGCAGUAACCGAAGCAUUAAUUAAAUUAAAUGACAAAAAUAUGUUAUAUAGAGAAAAAGAUUUAAUUAAUUGGUCUUCAUCUUUACAAAGUGCUAUAUCCGAUAUUGAAGUUGAAUCUAUAGAAUUAACAGGAACAACAGAACUAGAAGUUCCAGGUUAUAAAAAAAAAGUAAAAUUUGGGCAAUUAAGUAAAAUAGCAUUUAAAAUUAAAGAUACAGAUAAUGAAGUAAUCAUUGCAACAACUAGGCCAGAAACUCUAUUAGGAGAUGUAGCUAUAGCUGUUCAUCCAGAAGAUGAUAGAUAUAAUAAAUAUAUUGGUCAGUACGUUUGGCAUGAUCUCAGAGAAACUUUUAUACCUAUAAUCGGAGAUACUUUUAUUGACAGAACAUUUGGAACUGGUGUAGUUAAAAUUACUCCAGCGCAUAAUCGUCUAGACUACAAAAUUGCGAAGAAUCAUGGUUUAGAGAUUAUUGAUACUAUAGAUGAGCAUGGAAAUAUAAUAACAAAUAAUAAUAAUUAUAAGGGCCUUCCAAGAUUUCUGGCACGUGACAAAAUAUUAAAUGAAUUAGCCAAUAAAGGCCUUUUAAGAGGUAUAGAAAGUCACAAAAUGAUUAUACCUAGAUGUUCAAGAUCUGGUGAUAUUAUUGAAUAUUUAUUAAAAGAACAGUGGUUUAUUAGAUGUAAAGAUAUGGCUGAAAAAGCAUUACAAGUUGUAAAAGAUGGAUCUUUAAAAAUUGAUCCUACUAUUUACGAACCAUUGUGGUAUAAUUGGUUAGAAAAUAUUAGGGAUUGGUGCAUUUCAAGGCAAUUAUGGUGGGGUCAUCAAAUUCCAGCAUAUGAAAUUAAAAGUGACCAAACAUCUGAGUGGCUAAUUGCACGUUCUAAAGAAGAUGCAUUGCUUAUUGCACAUAAGAAAUAUGGUUCAAACGUUGAAGUACGUCAAGAUAAUGAUGUUCUAGAUACAUGGUUUUCUUCUGCGCUCCUUCCUUUUACUACUAUGGGUUGGCCACAAAAAAUGGAAGAUUUUCAAAAGUAUUAUCCUCUAACACUAAUGGAAACUGGACAUGAUAUUCUUUUCUUUUGGGUUGCACGAAUGGUGAUGUUAGGAUUAGAAUUAACAGGACAACUACCUUUUAAAGAAGUUUUACUUCAUGGUAUCCUGUGCGAUGCUCAAGGAAAGAAAAUAUCUAAGAGUUUAGGAAAUGUUAUUUCUCCUGAAAGUAUUAUUAAUGGUAUAUCUUUGCAGGAUCUCAAUGAAAAAGCAAAUGAAAGUUAUAAAGAUGGUAUUCUUAAUAAAAAUGAACUUAAACGAACUUUAAUAGUUAAUGGUAAAAUGUUUCCAAAUGGAAUACCAACUUACGGAGUUGAUGCAUUACGUAUGACAUUAUGUUCACACAAUAUUAAAAAUCGUACUGUCUCCUUCAAUAUUAUCGAAUGUCAACAAAAUUAUUUCUUCUGUAACAAAAUUUGGCAAGCAAGCAAAUAUGUAUUGUUAACAAUAUCUCCAGAUAAGUGUCAUAAACCUGAAACGUUUACAACUUUAGAUUCUUGGAUUUUAAGUCGAUUAUCAUUAAUGGUGGACAAAGUUAAUACAGCAUUUACAGAACGAAACUUUUAUAAGGCAGUUACUGCAAUAAAACAAUUCAUCUAUAAUGAAUUUUGUGAUAUUUAUUUGGAAGCCACCAAAUGGGGUUUUAAGAGCGAAGAAGAACAUAUAAUUAUAAGCCAUACGUACACAUUAAUCAAAUGUUUAGAGGUGUCCUUACGAGUUCUUACUCCUAUCACACCGUUUCUAACAGAUGAAUUGUAUUCAAGACUUUCUACAAAAUUACCAUCCUUUUUAUCAGUAUCUUCAUUAUUGGAAGCAUCUUAUCCUACAACAGAUGAAUUUAAAGAUCUACGAAACGAAUCAUUGGAUGAAAGAAUGAAGAGUGUACUAGAUCUAAUAACUGAAAUUCGAAGUUUUAUUGCUAAUAUUAGUAAAAAAUUAGAACCAGAAGUUCACAUUGUGGUGGAUGAUUUAGAAGACCAUGAAUUUUAUACAAAAAAUAUAAAUUCGAUUAAAGGAGCUAGCAGGAUAUGGAACAUGUCAAUACAUUUGAAAGAAAAUUAUGUUAAAAAUAUGUAUAGUAUUCAAGAAGAACUUCAAUCAAAACAUUCUCUAUUCUUAUCAGUAAAGGAUAAAUCAACGUUAGAUCAAAUAUUAGAAAUAAUAGAG